AAGACAGCGGCUCUGCGCGCUUCAGGCCGGCCUUCGACUCGACACCCUCUCAAGGACAAUGGGUGGGGACAUCAACGUGUACCAAAAGCUAGAAGGUCAUACGAAGGAGCAAAGCUGGGCAUCCAUUGCCAAGAUUGGACCGUGGGGUGGAUCUGGUGGCAAACUUAGCGAAAUUGAGGUGGCUCCCGUGUGUCUAAAUAGCAUAACCAUCCGUAGUGGCAAUACCAUACAAUCGAUUGCGUUUUCAUAUAGUGACAAAAAUGGAAACCAACAUGAUACAGGUGCAUGGGGAGCUCACUUAGGCCACCAUGCCGUUGCAAGUUUUCACACAAUUCAGCUUGCCCCAUUGGAGCUUUUAAUGGAAGUUUCUGGAACAAUUGGUCCAUGUAAAACACAUAAUGUGGAUGUCGUAACUUCUAUUGUGUUUUCCACCAAUGUCAGUUCCUAUGGUCCUUUUGGAACAGUAGCAGGAAUUCGUUUCCAAACUCCACCGAUGAGAUAUGGUAGUAUUGUUGGCUUCUUUGUCAGAUCUAUGGAAUCUAUUAAUGCGAUUGGCUGCUAUGUGAACUCUGAGGGGGAACCGGUGGAAAGACAGACUUUGAUUAGAAAAGUUGGGCACUGGGGUGGUAGUUCUGGGCAUACUCAGGACGUGGAUGUCUUACCCCGACGUUUGACCAGCGUCGUAGUUCGUAGUGGCUUUGCAAUUUUUGCACUCGCCUUUAAAUAUAUUGACUGCAAUGGGCAGCAGCGCAGUACCGGUCCAUGGGGAAUAUCAGAUGAAUACGGAGAUGACAGCGUCCAUAUGAUUGAAUUUGGCCCUUCAGAAUUUCUUAAGAAAAUUUCUGGAACAAUAGCCAUGCACACAUAUUAUGGAGAAAUUCUGACGUCACUUUCAUUUGUCACCAAUAGUGGUAAUUAUGGACCUUUUGGAGAAACAUUAGGGAAUCAUUUCUGCAGUCCUGUCCAAAACAAUGGUAGCAUCGUGGGUUUCUUUGUCAAUACUGCUAAUUAUAUCAUCUAUUCACUUGGUCUCUACGUGGACAUAACAGGCGAAGUGGCAUCCAUUACCAAGAUUGGACCGUGGGGUGGAUCUGGUGGCAAACUUAGAGAAAUCGAGGUGGCUCCCGUGUGUCUUAAUAGCAUAACAGUCCGUAGUGGAAAUACCAUACAAUCGAUCGCAUUUUCAUAUAGUGACAAAGAUGGAAACCAACAUGAUACAGGUGCAUGGGGAGCUCACGUAGGCCACCAUGUUGUUGCAAGUUUUCACACGAUUCAGCUUGCCCCUUUGGAGUUUUUGAUGGAAAUUUCUGGAACAAUUGGUCCGUGUAACACACAUAAUGUGGAUGUCGUAACUUCAAUUGUGUUUACCACCAAUGUCCGUUCAUAUGGUCCUUUUGGACGAGUAGUGGGAAUUCGUUUCCACAGUCCACCAAUGAGAAAUGGUAGUAUUGUUGGCUUCUUUGUCAGAGCCAUGGAAUCUGUUGAUGCGAUUGGCUGCUAUGUGAAUUUUGUGGGGAGGCCGAUGGAAAGGAAGGCCUUGAUUAGGAAAGUUGGGCACUGGGGUGGUAGUACUGGGCAUACUCAGGACGUGGAUGUCUUACCCCGGCGUUUGACAAGUGUCGUAGUUCGUAGUGGAUUUGCAAUUUUUUCACUCGCCUUUAAAUAUAUUGACUGCAAUGGGAAGCAGCGCAGCACUGGUCCAUGGGGAAUAUCACAUGAAUACGCAGAUGACAACGUCUAUACGGUUGAAUUUGGUCCUUCGGAAUUUCUAGAGCAAAUUUCUGGAACAACAGCCAUGCACACAUAUUAUGGAGAAAUUGUGACGUCACUUUCCUUUGUCACAAAUACUGGUAAUUAUGGACCUUUUGGAGAGACAUUAGGGAAUCAUUUCUGCAGUCCCGUCCAAAACAAUUGUAGCAUCGUUGGCUUCUUUGUCAAUGCCACUAAUUAUAUCAUCUAUUCAGUUGGUCUGUACGUGGACAUGACAGGGGCAGUGGAAUCCAUUACCAAGAUUGGUCCAUGGGGCGGAUCUGGUGGCAAACUUAGAGAAAUCGAGGUGGCUCCAGUGUGUCUAAAUAGCAUAACAAUCCGUAGUGGCAAUACCAUACAAUCGAUUGCAUUUUCAUAUAGUGACAAAGAUGGAAACCAACAUGAUACAGGUGCAUGGGGAGCUCACGUAGGCCACCAUGCUGUUGCAACUUUUCAUACGAUUCAACUUGCCCCUUUGGAGUUUUUAAUGGAAGUUUCUGGAACAGUUGGUCCGUGUAACACACAUAAUGUGGAUGUCAUAACCUCAAUUGUUUUUACCACCAAUGUUUGUUCCUAUGGUCCUUUUGGACGAGUAGUGGGAAUUCGUUUCCGCAGUCCACCGAUUAGAAAUGGUAGUAUUGUUGGUUUUUUUGUCAGAUCUAUGGAAUCUGUUGAUGCGAUUGGCUGCUAUGUGAACUCUGAGUGGGAACCGACGCAAAGGAGGGCUUUGAUUAGAAAAGUUGGGCACUGGGGUGGUAGUUCUGGGCAUACUCAGGACGUGGAUGUCUUACCCCGGCGUUUGACAGGCGUCAUAGUACGUAGUGGAUUUGCAAUUUUUGCACUCGCUUUUAAAUAUAUUGACUGCAAUGGGCAGCAACGCAGUACCGGUCCAUGGGGAAUAUCAGAUGAAUACAGAGAUGACAGCGUCCAUACGAUUGAAUUUGGCCCUUCAGAAUAUCUUAAGCAAAUUUCUGGAACAAUAGCCAUGCACACAUAUUAUGGAGAAAUUAUGACGUCACUUUCCUUUGUCACCAAUACUGGUAAUUAUGGACCUUUUGGAGAAAUAUUAGGGAAUCAUUUCCGCAGUCCCGUUCAAACCAAUGGUAACAUCGUUGGCUUCUUUGUGAAUGCCACUAAUUAUAUCAUCUAUUCAGUUGGCCUCUAUGUGGACAUAACAGGAGCAGUGGACUACGAUGCGGCUGCUCGCCCAAUUGUGGAAGGGGAUAUAAACGAGCUUGAUGAGGUCAACAUGGAAAGUGAUAUAAAGGAGCUUGAUGAGGACAACAAUGGGCCCCAUCCCAUCAUGGAAGGUGAUAUAAUGGAGGUUGAUGAGGUGAACAUGGAAGGUGAUAUAAAGGAGGUGGAUGAGGACAACGAUGGGACUGCUCGCCCAAACGUGGAAUGUGAUGUAAAGGAGAUUGAUGAGGUGAACGUGGAAGGUGAUAUGAAGGAGGCUGAUGAGGACAACGAUGUGGCUGCUGGUCAAAACGUGGUAGGUGAUAUAAAGGAGCUUGAUGAGGCGAACAUGGAAGAUAUAAAGGAGCUAGAUGGGGCAUGUAUUACAAAGAUAGGGCCAUGGGGUGGACAUAAGGGCAACUCUAAGGACAUUAUGGUGUCACCAUCUCUACGCCUGAAUAGCAUCACAGUACGUAGUGGAGAGGUAAUACAUUCACUUGCGUUUUCAUACAGUGGCGACCACGGAAAGCAGCACCAUGCAGGUCCAUGGGGAGCUUCCGAAGGCUUUUCUUAUGGGAGUUUUGAUACGAUUCAGCUAGGGCCCUCAGAGUUUCUGACCGAAGUUUCAGGAACUACUGGUUUCUCUACCCAAUAUUCUUCAGACGUUGUAAUGUCUGUUACAUUUAUCACCAAUGCUCGUCGAUAUGGACCUUUUGGAGGAGGAGGGGGAAAUCAUUUCCGUAGUCCAGUGAUUAGCAAUGGCAGCAUUGUUGGGUUCUUCGCCCGUGCGGAGAGUGUGGUCUACGCAAUUGGUAUUUAUGUGAGGCCCGAGAGGGAAACAAUGAAAGAACAGGAUUCGAUUACAAAAAUUGGACCAUGGGGUGGUGAUUCUGGGAGCCCUAGUGACGUGGAUGUGUUACCCCGCCGGUUGAUAAGUGUGGUAGUUCAUAGUAGUAUGGUAAUCAAUUCACUAACGUUUACAUACAAUGAUUGUGAUGGACAACAGCAGACCGCCGGUCCAUGGGGAGGGUCUGGUGAGCCACUCGACGGGAACCCUCAUACAAUUCUUCUUGGCCAGUCAGAAUUUUUGCGUGAAGUUUCUGGAACAAUUGGUCGGAACUCCAACUAUUCUGACGUUGUAACAUCACUUCUAUUUGUCACCAAUACCCGUAUCUAUGGACCAUUUGGAAAUGGAGGGGGGACUCAUUUCCGAAGUCCGUUGCGGAGCUAUGGUAGUAUUGUUGGCUUCUUUGUCAAUGCUGGAGACGUCAUUGACGCAAUCGGUGUCUAUUUCCGGCCUAAGAGAGACAAAAUCAAAGAGGAGGAAGGAUGUUCUGAGAUUUUAGGUGGUAUGGCUUCCACAGAAAGGGAGGACAUAGGAUCUGCCUCUAGUGCCCUAGAGCAUCUAAUACUUGAUGGAAGUGUGAAGCCUAGACAUAUUCCUUUGGCACUUCUACAACGCAUCACGGAUAAUUUCGCUGAUAAAAGACAAGUUGGUCGUGGUGGAUUCGGGGUCGUUUACAAGGGAAAUCUAGCAAAGAGGAGUGUUGCUAUUAAAAGGCUUUCAAAUAGCCAUAUUAUUGAAGAUGGGCCAUUUAAUCACGAGGCUAAAUCUCUAAUCGAUGUAAACCACCCAAAUAUAGUACGGUUUCUGGGCUACUGUGCUAAUACAGAGAAAAAAGCGGUACAAAUAGAAUCGGGAGGAAACAAAACAGUUGUUUUUGCUGAUAUAAAAGAAAGGUUACUUUGUUUCGAGUACAUGAAUAAUGGAAGCCUGGACAGAUAUAUUACUGAUGAACUACGGGGACUUGAAUGGCAUACACGCUACAAAAUAAUUCAAGGAAUUUGCGACGGUUUGGCUUAUCUUCACACAGAAAAGGGUAUUGUUCAUAGGGAUAUGAAGCCCGCGAACAUACUGCUUGAUGAUCUUAUGAUACCAAAAAUUACAGAUUUUGGUAUAUCAAAACUCCUUCAAGGAGCAACACAUGCGCUCACGACUAACCUCGCAGGGACAAUUGGAUACUGCGCCCCAGAAUUCUUGAAGCGUGGUAUUGUAUCAGUCAAGACGGACAUAUACAGCCUGGGCGUUAUAAUGAAAGAGCUUCUGACUGGAUGUAGGAGCAAACCUGAUAUUAAACAUGUACUUAGAAGAUGGAGGUACAGGUGGAACAAAUCAGCGGAGUACCCACCACGGGGAUAUGAACAAGUUACUAAAUGUAUUGAAAUUGCGUUAAGGUGUUCGUCUGAAUCCCCAAAGAAAAGACUUUACGCAUGGGAAAUAGUCAGCAUGCUCAAGGAAUUGGAAAGUACGAAUGAGCACAUCAAGAAUGCUGAUGAAUCUCCAGCUGUCCAGAUAAGCCCUUGCCCAUGGGAAUUUCUCGAGUUUGACAAGCUCGAGCUGAAUUUCUCCUUCGAGAUAAACAAACAGACAGCAUGCUCACUUCAGUUAACCAACGUAAGAGAUGAUUGUGUUGCCUUCGAUAUCGAAACGACAAACAUCCUGCACUGCUCCAUGGAGCCGUCCAGAGGUAUUGUGCCACCACGAUCCAAGUGCGAUGUCAUGGUAACACUACAAGCACGGGAGUGUGCUACAGUGUGCAGGGAUGAAUUCGUCGUGCGGUGCACCGCUGUGAACGAGGGCCUCACAGCUGGGGAUAUCACCAAACAGAUGUUCGGCAAGAAGACUGCUAAAAUGGUCGAUGAGGUGACGUUGAUGGUUGUUAUAUGUCCAAUCUCCAUUACCUAAGGAACAAAAUAAUCUUUACUGUCGGCAUUUUUUUGAGCCAAGCAUGGGCAUUUUACUACAGUAUAAAAAGCUCCAUUUUUUACAAUAGGUACAUCAAUUGCUAAGAGAUCCCUAAGUACGCACUAGCCAAAGUGCAAUUCUUACUGCACUAUGACAUAUUUAGGUCAGAGACUCA